AAAGAAGAAGAUAAAGCUUUGAAGGUGUUUUUUUUAUGGUCCAUCGCUUAAAAUAUAUAAAACAAUUUCGUGAAACGGUGAAAAUGCCAAAGGAAGACUGCAAAUACUGGGACAAAUGCUAUCAGCGCAAUGAGGCUCAUCUAGAGAAAUACAAUCACCCAGCCAAGAAAACAGAAACGCCAAAAUUGGCGCCAAAACGCAAAGCAUUAGCCAAGGAGGAAGACGGAGAGAGUCCAAACACAAGCAGCAGAAACGAAUCGAGCGAAAUGGAAGUGGAAUCGGAAAAGGAAAAGAAUGUGGGCAACUUUGAAUCGGAGACGGCGGAGCUGCAAAAGGAGGCAAUGAACAAUAUAGCCGGCAAAAACUAUAUGGAAAUACUGGAAAAACGCAUCCGUUUGUCAGUGCAACAGGAGUACGAUAAUCUUUGUGAAAGUAAUGAAUUCAUAAGGCACAAGUUUCUAGUGGAGAUGCCGCCAGAUUUCUUUGAAUUCUGGAAUUUUAUAACCAAACUGAAAAGCGAGAACAGCCUGCAGCAUAUGGACAAGGUGUUCCAGCUGCAGCUUGUGGGUCCCUUUGAGUUUCUGGCUGGCAAAUUCCACAAGGCAAAAAUGGGCGAACCUGGCGAUUAUUUGCGCCACUGGCGCUUCUAUUAUGAUCCGCCAGAAUUCCAGACAGUUUUCGUACGCCGAGGCACUGGAGUGCAUUACGGCUACUGGCGGGAUGUGCCACAAGAUAAGGAGCGGCUACUCCUGGCUCGAAAUGAUGCCACGAGCAGUUGUGAGUUUGAAUUUGUGGCUGGCAACAUAUUUGAUGCGUUCCUUUAUUAUUUAGACCAUGAUUUUGUGGGCACACCAUUCACAGCGGCUCAGGUCUCUGCUACCAAGAAAGCCGUCAAGCAGCACAUUAGCUCCAACUCACUGGAGCUGACCCAGCUGGAAAGCUUGAAGAACGAUCGUAAUAAAAAGGUGAUAACCAAGACCUUUCAUCGAGCUGGCAUUGUGGUGCCGUACGAGCGCAAGUCACAGCAGGGCUAUCGUCCAUUGAUGGUGAGCGAUGCGGAGCUAAAGAAAAUCUUGGCGCUGUUCGAGCGCAAGGAUCUCAAAGAUGACAGCGACAAUGCAAAGCAGGCCGUGCUGGAGAAAUUACAGCCGCUGGUCAAUGCGGCCAAUAUUGCAGUGGAUGAAUGUGAUUUUGGGACUGCUCUAGAGCUGGGCCUGGAUCUAUUUAGCAGCGGGCAUAAGGAGCUGCACAUGGUGAUCUCCUCGCUGCUGGUGCCCGCCUAUUCGCUGCUGUCGCGGCCACAGUUCAUCGCCAUUGCCAAGGCGCACAUGGAGCGGCGUAGCAAGGAGCUCAAUUUGAGCAUAUUUGAUGUAUUACAAUAAGCGAAAAUGGAAUAAAUGCUGUAAAAGUU